CGUUUGCAUUGGCCAAUUUGGCCAUACAAACGCCGACAGGUCAAGCACAAAAAAUCUAUAGAUAACUUAAGAAACCGCGUCAAUUAAGCACAUAUGUAACUAUUUAAAGCUUAUUUAAGUGUAAAACGAUGGUUCGGAAUAGGAAAACCGUUCAUAUUCAGCAUCCACAUCGGGGUAACGCGACUAGUAGCAGUUCGGCGAGCAGUGAUACGGGCACUGGUAGCCGCACACUAAAAGUUCUUUCGGGAUGGAAAACUGUGAUAGGAUCCGUGUGUUUAACUGUUGCUGUGUACGUUGGGACUUUAGGGUACUUGGAAACCAGGGUGAACACCCCCUUCAGCGAUGAGAAGAUUGUAUCAGAGACGGGUCUGGCUGUCCCGAGCCGGUAUUGGGGCUCGUACCGCCCCGGAGUGUACCUGGGUAUGAAGAGCCGAGAGCCCCGCUCCCCGGUCUUUGGGCUCAUGUGGUAUGACUUGACCAGUGUGGCGCAGAAGGGCAUCAGGCAUUGGUGCGACCAGGGCGACAACCUCCCCUCCUACGGCUGGCUGCAGCAUGACGGGGAGCAUUGGGGGGAGCAACGCAUCCUAGAUCCCCCCCACGAGAUCUACACCUCCUUUAUCAAGACUCCGGGGGGCGAGCAUGGCGGCCAUUGGACUGUCCGUAUCAACGUCACUGCUAAGAACAACUCGUACGCCCCGUGCGUGCUGGUGUGGUACGGAGCCCUGGACGAGGCGCUGGGGCCGGCGGCGCCGCUCUCCCGCCUCUGGCUCGAGGGUGGCGCCCUGCACGGCCACACGCCGCAACUGCACAACUUCCGGGUCAACCUGGUGCCGCUGAAGGGGAAGGUCCUCCACACGUCGUUCUCCGAAGGCCACGCACCAGGGCUCCAUCUUCUAAAAGAAAAGUUCUAUUCCCUUCUCAAAGCCGAACCACACCCUACUUUCGGUAGAAUAGCAGUACUUAGCCCUGACGAGGAAUUGAGAAACAAGGAGGCAGAGGUAAACUUCGUACCAAUCCAGAUGAUAGUGGAGCCCCCUUUCGUGAUGGACGUGGUGUUUACUAUAGAGGACCUCCCAACCCCCCCUCUGAAGGGGGACGAGUAUACCAGGGUGCUAGGAGAUAAGAAGAGGCUCUUCAACGAAGAGUUUGAGAGGAAGUUCGGAUUGAGACAGAAGAACUAUUCGGACCAGGACAUCAUCAUAGCACAGGCGGCUCUGUCGAACAUGAUAGGAGGCAUCGGGUAUUUCUACGGCGCGGGCCGCGUUCGCUCACAGUAUACAAGAGAACCAGUGCCUUAUUGGAGGGCACCACUAUACACCGCUGUACCUAGCAGAUCAUUCUUCCCCCGCGGUUUCCUCUGGGACGAAGGUUUCCACGGCCUCCUCAUCCAGCGCUGGUCUCCAGAGAUCCAGAUGGACAUAGCGGCUCACUGGCUGGACCUCAUCAACGUUGAGGGCUGGAUCCCCAGGGAACAGAUACUUGGAACGGAAGCCCUAGCAAGGGUGCCCAAAGAGUUCGUAGUGCAAAGCAACGCGGCAGCCAACCCUCCCAUGUUGCUCUUAACCAUAGCCCAUCUAGUCAAGACACAACCUCAAUUGUUUCAACCACAGUGGCCUUUGAGAAGGACUUUAGAUCGAAUGUUCACGAGACUACAGAGCUGGUAUCAGUGGUUCCAAUCGUCUCAGAAGGGAGAUGAACCCACGACAUAUCGCUGGCGAGGCCGGGAGGACGACGGGCUGCAACUCAACCCGAAGACAUUGACCUCGGGGUUGGACGACUAUCCCAGGGCGUCACACCCGUCAAGUAUAGAGCGUCACGUAGACCUGCGCUGCUGGAUGUACGCGGCCGCCGACGCUAUGGCCACCAUAGCUGACGUACUACAGAGAGAUACUACCAGAUUUGAGGCGACCCGAGACCAAUUAGGCGAUGAAGAGUUGCUGAACCAGCUACACUGGUCGCCGCACACUCACACUUAUGCAGACUACGGUUUGCACACGGACGGCGUCCGGCUGGUCCGACAGCCGGCCAAGCGUCCGGGGGAGACCGCUAAAGUGGUCCGGAGCGUCACCGUACCGGCUGAACCCAAACUAGUCACGUCUGCCUUCGGCUACGUGUCCCUCUUCCCCAUGCUGCUAAAAGUACUGAAACCAGACAGUGAGAACCUGGGCAAGAUACUAGGAGACCUGGAUAAACCUGACCUGUUGUGGUCCAAAUACGGACUCAGAUCACUUUCCAAAUCAUCACCACUCUACAUGAAACGGAACACGGAACACGACCCGCCAUAUUGGCGCGGUCAGGUGUGGAUUAACAUCAACUAUCUCGCUCUGGCGGCCUUGAAGCACUACUCCAGAGAGGGACCGCACGCUGUGCGAGCGGGACAGCUGCACGACAGACUGAGAGAGAACAUCGUUCGAAAUAUCCUGUCCGAAUACCGCCGCACGGGGUACUUCUGGGAGCACUACUCGGAUGUGGACGGUUUCGGCGCUGGCUGCCGUCCCUUCACCGGCUGGACCGGGCUACUACCCCUCAUUAUGGCCGGAGAAUAUUAACACAU